AAAUAUUCACUAUUGGCACAUAACUUUCUCUGGAUUUUGCUUUGAUCAUCUGGGAAUAUUUUGGGUUCCCACAACAAUGCUUGAUAAAACCCACUUUGGAUUUGGUCAGAUGUUGAUUUUAUGUUCCAAAAUUUUCCCAGAAAAGCAUUUAGAUUUCUGUAGAUUUUUUUCUUUUUUUUUUUAAUUUUUCCGGAAAUUUUUGGUUUCUAAGAAAUUCAAACCUUUCACACCAGUAUUGAUUUUCGUCACCUGUGACGAUCAUCGUAUCUUGUCUAUAACUCUGCUCCGUUGACGUAGUCGAUUUGUUCAUCUGAUAUCAAAUUACCCGUCAAAGCUUCUGAGCCAAAAAAUGGUAGAAACCAAAGGUUUUGGGACUUGUUCUUGAUAGUUUUCGAUCAAAACUGUACCGAAAUUCAGUUUUCGAUUUCUAGGUACAUUUAAAUCCCUAGGAAUCGGGUUCUGUGUCUGGAUAUCGAGUAAAAAAUCUCAAUUCUCCGGUCGAGUUUUUGUGUUAAAUUCGACUUGUAGGACUCAAUCUAAAGUUAUGACAAUCAGUUCUGGUCGUCUGGAAAAGUGGAGGAAUUAUUUCCGGACUGCGGAUUCUGAUAUUUUUGAUAUAAUUGAACAUGCCAUUAUGGUGGCAGCCUCAGAUAGUCCAAAGGAGUUCAGAUUGAGAAGAGAUGGAAUUGCUGAGAAGUUGUUUUCUUGUAAAUUGGUUAAAUGUUUUGGGUGCGAUCAGGUGGAGUUGGCAGUGUCUUGUGAUGAAGAAGAUAGGGAAGUGUCUGGUGGGGGUGAGAAUGAGGAUGAGAAGUUCAAGAGUGGGGUUGACAGAGAUGGAUGCGAAUUGGAGGUUGGUGAUAGUAAGGGAAGCAAGGUGAAUAAUAGUAGAGGUGAUCAUGAUCAUGGAGUGAUUAAUGUGAACCAGGUUAGCAGUAUCAGCUUUGGAGAAGUUGAGGCAUUGACUAAUGAGAUGGAAGAAGAGAGUCAGAGUUUUGGAGAGGUCUUGAGGAUCAAAGAGUUUCUUAAAAACAAUAAAGAUGAGUCUGAUUCAGUCUUAUUUGAUUCAUUGAGGCGGCUCCAACUGAUGGUUUUAUCCGUUGAAACCCUAAAGGUUACGGAGAUUGGCAAGGCUGUUAAUGUUCUCCAAAAGCAUGGAUCAAAGCAGAUUCGGCAACUUGCCCGAACACUCAUCGAGGAGUGGAAAGUUAUAGUAGAUGAGUGGUUGAAUGCUACCGCAGCAGCCGCUGAAGGAGGUACCCCGGAUUCUGUGAACCCCCCAUCAACUGUUGAAGAUGAGGAGGGGCUCCCUUUUCCUCCUUUGGAUGAAGCAGCCUUUUUUGUUAAUCCCUCUUCAAUGGAGCUCUCUCAGUUCUUUGAUGGCAUGGAUGAUGAUGGAAAUCUUCAAAAAAGUGAGGAGUUCAAGAAGACAAAUAAAAUUGACAGAAAGCCACCACCGGAGAAACAAAAUAUUUCCAAGAGGAAACAACAUCUUUCCCAUGAGGUGAGCCUUCCUCCUAAGGUCAAGGAGGGUGAGCAGGAGAAAAAAGGUGGACAAAUGAAGAAACCAGAAGCUAUAAUGAAAACACAAACAACUGUUGUGAAGCCAAAUAAGCCUGCCUGCGCUGAAUCUGUGCCAGGGAGACCUGCAAAACUGUCUGUGGAAGGAAAUGUCAACAAUGAGACUAAGUUCCAUAAAAAAUCAGAUAAAGUCACAAUCUUUAAGAGGCCAUCAGCUUCUCAACCAGAUGUGACUAUCAAAUCAAAGAUUUCAGAUGAAGCAGCUAUUGAUACAGUAAAAUUUGAAGUGUCAAAGAGGAAGCUUCAUGAGCGCUACCAACAAGUUGAGAAUUGCAAGAAACAACGAACUAUACAGGUUAUGGAGUUGCAUGACCUCCCCAAGCAUGGUCUUGGCCAAAAAAAUCCAUCCGUGAGACCUGGAAAUCAUAACAGGCAUUGGGGAAAUGGAAUCAAUGGACGUCACUAGAGUCUCUACUCUUGCGUACUGGGACUCAAAAACAUUCAAGUUUCUUCAAUUUUGCAUGCAAAAAUAGGGGAAGAACUUUAAGGACUCUUUGGCUACCCUGGCUUGACUCACUGAGCAUCAACGUUGAGAAUUUCUCCAUCGAUCUUUCUCGAGAGAGCUACUCUUAAACUGGUAGAAGCAUGCUUUUGGAGAUCUUGUCCAAUUUAGAUACAUGGAGGUAAAUAAUUCUCAGUGGAACUGAGAGGCGGUAUACUUAAUUUAGUCUCAAAUUCCUGCUUUGUCGUAGAGGACCUUAAUUUGCACACAACAUUCUGUGACUGUGUCUCGAAAGUUUGUCUCCUUCAUUUUAAUAAUUAGAGUGGAUGACAUUUAUGAUUUUGUACAGCAAUAAGUACAUUUUGAUGAAACCGUACUUAGAGAUAAAUGCUAUACAAACUCUGGUAACAUGUUUUUUUGCAGGAAUCUUGAUUCAAACUCAGCAGACUGAGACUAGGUGAUAGUUUCUGUUUAGGAUAGGGAUUGGAUUGUUUUUAAGGAUUUUAGGGACAUGAUAAUAUGUAGGAUUUGAACUUUUGAAUUUUGUCUAGUUGAAUUGGCAUUAGGGAUUCUAUAUCUAGGUGGAUUACUGCAGCUUGUGAUGGUCACUGGUUUGGCCAGAGUUUGGUAGGCAUAUUUACCAGUUUGAAAGGUGGGCGUGGAU